AAGAAUCUGAUAUCAUCUUUCCAGAUUCAAAUAUUAGCUUUAAUGAAUUUUAUAAUACUUCCACCGGAUUUUACAAUAGCUCUACUGAAUUUUAUAAUCCUUAUGGAUCACGUCUUAAUAUUGCUAAUAUUAUGUGUUAUAAUUUCACUAGUUCCACAAAUCUUACAUCAUGCAAUGAUUAUAUCGUUUCAAACAAUAUUACUAGUUGUUGGACUUUUUCACCAUUUCGGAAUAAAUCAAAUCAAGAGUGUAAUGGUGCUGGCAAUAAUUGUAUAUCUAGUUCCCGAAAAAAUAGUAACCUUGGCCUAAACUAUAUUAUUUUUAACAUUUCUUCCGAUGUAUCACCUCCUGCUAGUUUAGCUUCUGAUUAUUUUUCGAUUAUGUUUAAUCAUAUCUAUAAAAUUGAUAGUAACAAUAAGACAAUUCAGAACAAUAUAACUUUCAACAUUCAUCCAUUUAACAAGGGAAAGUUGGUUAUGCUAGAGUUUUCUAUCGGGACACGAUCAACUUACAACACUCUUUUCCUGAAAGGACUUGGAUUUGAUCCUACCAUUAAAGAAGCUUUUGUUGACACUAAAAUUAAAGAACUUCAAAUAGCUGACAAUUCUCCAUACACUGUUUUACUAUUGAAACUAAAGAAUAGUACUAUAUAUAAUGAAGAAGAAGCUUUUGACUAUACUAUUUUAUUUGUUAUUUCAUCCUUGGGUGGUUUUUAUGGCGCUUCUGUUGGGGUAUACACAUUACUAUUCGGAAGUCCAAAGAUUUCUCCUUGGGGUCUCACACAAAAAUAUUUGUGUUGUUGGAACGUGCGCAAAAAGUAUGAAAUGAUAAUGGCUGCACACUAUGUUUCUAAAGCUGGAAUACCUUUUGCUGACAAUCCACGUAAUUUACCUAAAGAUGCCACUAUUGAAGAUAGACUUUUUGUAUUAGAAUCUGCAUUAAGAAAAUAUUAUUUAGAUACGGAUUUCUUUGCUGAAUUAAAUUAUGUAGUUGAACAAAAUAAAAAAUACAAGGAAAGGUUUGGAGGAAGUAUUGAAGUUAAAGAAAUUGAUGCAAUUGAUGAAAUUAAAGACGAUUGA